AUGCACGUUAUUUUGACUGGUGCGACCGGCCUCGUGGGCUCGGCAGCCCUCGUGGCGCUGAGAGCCCGAACGGACAUCUCCAAGAUCUCAAUUCUCACUCGUCGGCCUGUUCCUAUGUUAGAGAACAACACGGAUGAUCGUAUUCAAGUGAUUCUGCAUGACUUCAAGAACUAUGACACAUCCUUGAAAGAACGCUUGCAUGGGGCGCAAGGUUGUGUAUGGGCGCUUGGGAUCAGUCAAACUGCAGUAUCCAAAGACGAAUACAUUCAUAUCACCAAGGACAUGACACUGCAAGCAGCCGAAGCGUUUCAGCAGCUCAAAUUACAUGAUUCAGAAGAUUUCAAAUUUGUCUUCGUGUCUGGUGAGGGCGCUACAAGCAAGCCGGGACUCUUCACAGCACUCUUUGGACGGGUCAAGGGAGAGACAGAGUCAGCUCUGGCUGAGAUGGAAGCCCAAAAUCCCCGGUUCAAAGCCCUGAUUGUCCGCCCGGCAUAUGUCGACCCGAGCGGCCACCAAGCGAUUCUGCCGUGGAUACCACAAGGGUCUGUUCUCAAGCAGUUCGGGGAGCAUCUGUUGGGACCACCGAUCAGGACUUUUUACAAAGGAAUGCACAGCCCAACUGCGCCUCUGGCAGAGUUUUUGGCUGGAUUGGCGGUUCAUGGUGAUAAGCUAGAGAAGCUCAGGGGCACAGGCGUGGAGUCACGUGGAUCCAGUUUCAUCGUCAACAAUGCAGGGUUCCGAAGGAUCAUGGGGCUGCAAUAA